UUCAGCUGCAAACCCUCACCUUUGUCUUACAACCCAUCCCAGGCACCGAGGACCCGUCAGGUUGCCCGGGGCUGUCCCACUCCAGGAAGCCCUUUGGAACCACUGAGCUCUCUUUCUUCUUGUGUCGAGAGGAGUCCCCCAGGGGUGCACAGAGAGCAUGAAGGUGAUGAUAAGCCUGCUGCUCCCGGUCCUCCUAGCCCAGGGGGAUCUGGUGCCCAGCUCGACCCUGAGCCCCCCACAGUCAGAGACUGAGGCAGGGCCCAGCACUCCGAAGACCCUGGUUCCCCAGAACCAGCCACCCCAGGAAGAGGAGGAAGAGGAGGCCCGGCUGGUAGCUGGGGGGUUCGAACUUUCUCGGGCGACUUCCAACUUGGGGUUUGAUUUACUGCGCAAAAUGACUGCCCGGCAUGAAGGCAACUUGAUGUUCUCACCACUGGGCCUGUCCUUCGCCAUGGGGACCCUGAUGCUGGGGACCUCGGGGCCCACCCACGCCCAGAUCCUGAGCGGGCUGGGCCUGCAGACCCUGAGCAGGACCCAGCCCCUGCCAGAGCUCUUUGGACACCUCCGAAAGACCCUGACCCACACCCGGGAGCUGGGCCUCAGCCAGGGCAGCUGGGCCUUCAUCCACAAGGACUUUGAUGUCACAGAGACCUUCCGCAAUUUGUCCAAGAGGUAUUUCGAUACCGAAUGCGUGCCUGUGAAUUUCCGCAAUGCCUCGCAGGCCAGAGGGCUCAUGAAUCACUACAUUAGCAAAGAGACCCAGGGCAAAAUCCCCAAGCUCUUUGAUAAAAUUAACCCUGACACCAAAUUAAUCCUCAUGGAUUACAUCCUGUUCAGAGGGAAGUGGCAGACGCCAUUCAACCCCGCCUUCACGGAAGUGGACACGUUCCACCUGGACAAGUACCGGGCGGUGAAGGUGCCCCUGAUGUUCGCCUCGGGCACGUUCGCCUCCAGCUUUGACGUGAACUUGCGCUGCCACGUGCUCAAGCUGCCCUACCGUGGGAACGCCACCAUGCUGGUGGUCCUCAUGCAGCGCCUGGGGGACUACCUGGCCCUGGAAGACUACCUGACCACGGACCUGGUGGAGGCGUGGCUUCAGAACAUGAAAACCAGAAAAAUGGAGGUUUUCUUUCCGAAGUUCAAGCUAGAUCAGAAAUAUGAGAUGCACCACCUGCUGAAGCAGAUGGGAAUCCAGAGAAUCUUCUCGCCCUGGGCUGACCUGAGCGAACUCUCUCCAACACCCAGAAAUCUGAAAGUAUCCGAGGUUCUGCAGAGAACAGUGGUGGAGGUGGACGAGCAGGGAACAGAGGCUGCGGCAGGGACCCUGACAGAGAUCACCGCUUACUCCAUGCCCCCCAUCAUCAAAGUGGACCGGCCCUUUCACUUCCUGAUCUACGAGGAAACCACCAGGCUGCUGCUCUUUCUGGGCCGCGUGGUGGAUCCGACUCGCCUCUGACCGGGACCUGCAGGUGCCCCUCAGGCUUUAAUGACAGUUAGGGUGGCGGGUGGCCCAGGUGCAGAGGGCCCCCCUUGUCCUCUGCUUGUCUGGCCUUUCUUACAGAUACAAAUGUGUGUGCACAUAUGUGAGAUCCCGUGCCAUCGGCCUGGCGCCAGAGCCUGUUUCUGAUGCUUUCGCACCUGACUGGAGACCAGCACACCUUGACCUGGAUUUGUGGCUCACACACCUGGACUGGAAAAAAUGGCAGCUUAGGGCUUUCUUUCAAGAUAACGCCUGGGGGAGGGAGGAAUGCAGACAGAUGCUGCCCUAGUGCCCCACUUCUCUGUGGGCCAGAGCACUGGUCGGUCCUGUCACAGAGCCCUUGCCUGCUGACUGCAUUAAAAUGGCGACAGCCACUUCUGCUCUCAA